GCCCGGGCCGCCCCGGCCCCCCGGGCGCCCGCCCCGCUGCGCCUCGCCAACGCAGCCGGCCGCUGGAGGGCGUCCCGGGGCCCCACCGAGGCCGCCCAGGCCCUCAGCGACAUCCUGCGCCGGGCCCGGCAGGCGGGGGGCAGCCACGUCCACGCCGCCCCCCAAAGCCAGCAAGUCGCUGUGGGACCUCUCGGCCCUGUCGCAGCUCUCGGGCUCCAGCUGGGGGGCCGGCUCGGCCCAGGACCACCUGGAGCUGGGCGAUGACGCCAGGUCCCGCCACCUGAGGGCGCAGGCCACCCCGGCCGCCACCCUGAUGAAGCACCGCGAUGCCCACAAGGACGAAGAGCCACUGCCCAGGAUACGGGCGCCAGGACUUUCUACCCGGGGCCGACCCCCAGGCCGACCCCCGGGCCACGGGCCCUCCCGCUCGCACUGGCACGUGCCCGGCCCCCGGCCCCCAGGGUCACGUCCGGGGGGCUCAGACCGUCCGAGGAGUGACGCUGCGGUGGCGGACGGGCGUGGGGGGGGGGGUGUGGGCCAGCGACGCCUCCCAAAGCCGAUCGGUCCGAUCCCACCACCUCCUCCCCCCAACCCCGCCAGCACCUCGUGGGGUUGUGGCUGGUGGGUGCAGAGAGAGAGCCGGAAGAGUGAGCUUCGAAGCCGCCACGGACGAUCGGCUGAAACUGCCGGCGGGUAGCGGGAGUGGUUGGGAGGGGGUGGGUGAGCU